AUGAUGAUGACCUCGCAAUCAUUUCCAGUGGGCAAAUACGCGCGAUACAAGCGUGCCACCGCCUUCUUUCUUAAUUGGCUGGCGCGUGCUGGAAGAAGAGAACGAGGUGGCAAUAACUUGCAGCUCGAGACGUUCAACGACGUGGUCGAGGAGAUCCUAGCGAAUCCGUCGACUCUCACAACAGAGCUUCUGCAAGAGUGCUCAAAGGCGCUCGCAGCCUGUCAAUACGCAAUAGAAUUGCGCGAACAUGUGGCCUCAUUCUUCUCUGAGCACGAUGAAGGGCAAGCUAGCCACCAGCAUUUCGUAGAACUACUGCGUAACUGGCACAGGGCUUUGAAGAGCGUUGUAAUGGGACGAUCAAAAACUAUUGUGCAGUUGGAAAUUUCUGAGCGGGAGAAUUAUUACGAAGUGCUGGAAGUGGAUGACGAGUACUUGCCGGACGAAGACUCGUUCUCGACAGCAAAACAACUUCCCAAGGCUACAAAGGUCGAUAGGAAUCCUGUGCUUCAGGAGGCAUUUGCAGAUGGAAUGAAGGUUGAAGUGGUUUGCUUUUUCUCGGAGUUGGACGAAUUGAUGCAAGGUGUCUGUAAAGCUUACGGAGAAGUGAAGAGAGAGGAGCGCACGUUGGUUGAGGCUACGGUGGUGGCGAAGCUAGCAAUGGACUCUGCUAGUGCGCUCACGGCUCAACUGCAACUGAAAUAUCCGGCACUGCGCACGAGUGAAGACAUGUACAACGUCGUUCGGAAUAUUGACCCGGUGAAAUUCAGGCAUCGAAUGGCAACAAUACACACCAAGUAUUUGACAGAUCUACAGGACUCGCUGCUCAAUGGUGACGGAGCGGUGCCAUACGUUCCUGGAAUGUUUCUGAUGGAUUUCCUGGGUGUGGGAACUACCUUGGCCAGCUUUCUCACUGCUCUACCCAUCGAUACUACGAAGAGCCUAGAGGUCCCAACUGGCUGCUUUGGUGAAGUAUACAGUGAAGAUCGGACACCACACUACGUACUGCUACCAGAUCCCAGCAAGAUGAAUGUUUUCCUACUACAGCAGUUGCCGCUCCUGCAUAAAACGAUAAUGGAGAAGAAGGUUACUACCGGAUCCGGACACGAUUCGUCUGCACCCAUGGAAUCAUUCAUGGUGCUUAUGGAGAAAUACUUCACUUGUCGAGAGGUUACAGUCCCAGUAGUGUUCACGUGUAUCUGUUGGAUAAAAUCCGUUGCAGCAUUACAAGGAGAUGUAGGACUAGGUCGCAACGUUAGCCUGACCUUCAGGCACUCGACAGAGCUGAUGAGAAACAUUAAGGAAACUGUGGCAAAGGGUACAGUUCGGAAGGCUCACAAUAAAUCCAACAACUUGCUUCAGCUUUGCGCAGACGAGAUCAAACGAUCAACUGGGCGUCGCUAUUUGUCGCGUGCGAAUCCGUUGCUGGCAGGGCUCACAAUGCUGGAUCAUCACUUCAAGUACUUGCACAUGGCGAGCGAAAUUCUGCUGGUUACGUCAAGAUUUCGGUCUUUUGGUCACGUCUACAAUGCCCUUGUGAAAGAAGGGUAUCUCGAGCAGAUUUCGUCCUUGGACGAUCUACUGGAAGUCUACAGCGAGAUGAUCUUUACGCCAUCUCGAGAUGCUGCUACGCGUGGCUUAAAUCGUUCCUCUUGGGCGUCAAUCCUGGACGACGCUGCGAACAUUUGUUCAAAAGAGCUGUCUCAAACUCGUGUGCUGUCACGCGAUCUCCUGAAACUGAACGACGAACUCGCGAAUGUGUACGUUGAACUGUGUGCUGAGUUGAAAGAGGGAGACUGGUAUGGCCAAACGAUCACCGACACUGGGGCUGAUCUGAUUGAGCAGCAGAAAAUGGAAGACGGGGUGAUUAUGAUUUUACUCCAGCUCCUCGACGGAUUGCAGAGUGAUCAUGGGGGUCCUGACUUUGGAGGGCCGGUGGAUAUGUGCAAGAAGGCUGCCGCUGUGAUCAGAAAAACAUUUUCAACCUCAUCGACGGUCAGGAGUGAAAAGAUCUUUACGAUUCUGUCUCGUCCAGAUUUUAUUUCUCAAGAAUUUGACUUGAAGUCAGACAAGUCAAGGGUUGAGAAUGACAAUUGUGAGCAAAUUUUCUUCAAACUUAUGAAGUUGCUUCAAGGCAGUAAUGGUCCACUUUCUAAAAGCGAUCGCAGCUUCAUCAAGGCGGAAAUCAAGAAGAAUUCUGGACUGUUGGAAGAGGUCAAGGAAACGCUCAAGCAAAAAGAAGAUGAGAAGUGGCAAGACGAAAAGGUGGCUGUACGGCUGGGACGCGACUUGGCUCCGUUGGGCCCGUUCAUGGCGAUCAUGGAUACGUUCUUCAAGACGCGAGAGGUGACACUCCCAGUGGCGUUUGCGUGCAUCUGUUGGAUGAAAUUUGUGGCUGCUUUGCAAGGACGUCGAGGUCUCGGUCGCAACGUCAGUCUCACGUUCCAGCACUCGAAGGACUUGCAGAAGCGGAUCGAAGAGGCAGUGGAACACAGGAAGGCGUUGCUAGCUUACAACAAAGCCAAUAGUCUUCUGGAGCGCUGCACUGGAGAGAUCAAACACUUUGUGCCGCUUUACCACAUUGCGCGUGCGAACCCUCUGUUCGCGGGUCUUACGGCGCUAAAUCAUCAGUUCCAGUACUUACACAUCGCGAACGAAGUCCUGUUUGCCACGUCGAAGCUCCGCGCAUUCGGUCAUUUGUACAACGCGCUGGUGCAGGAAGGACAUCUGGAGCGGAAUCCUUUUUUCGACGAUGUGUACGAUGUAUACGGUCAAGAAGUCUUUGCUCCUUCUCGAGCUGCGGCGAUACACGGUGCUUACUAUCGUACGUAUCUGAUUAGCUCGAAUCUACGCGUUAAUCUGAUCGAAGCAGUGUAUCGCGGCGAGGAGCUGCCUGCCCCGAGUGAAGCUUAUAAGAAAAAGAAGGCGUUCCACUUGAGUGAUGUCUCGGAGAUAUUCCGACUGAGUAGGCUGAACGACAAGUCCAUUUUGAAGGGUGGAUCAUGGAAGGAUAUGCUGGAAGACGUGGCAAACCUUUGCUCGAGAGAAUUAUUUGAGACGCGCGUGCUGUCUCGUGAUUUACUGAAGCUGAACGAAGAUCUCACAGAUCUGUUUCCCGAGUUGGUCCGAGUGCUGGGACAGCAUAAUUGCUUCAGUAGCAUCAUGGACAACUCGGUAGCUGGGGAGUCUCGUCAGCAGAGAUUAAGUCGGGCUUUGGAAGAAUCGAUAUACUUUACGUAUUUAGCUCAGCCAGACUUUGUCACCCAGGAGUAUGGAGGUCCAGACCCAGACACGAGGAGAGAUGAUUCCGAGCAAGUGUUUGAAGAUUUGAUGAAGCUGCUGCGAGAAAGCGAUGGUCCACUAAGUGCAAGCGAUCUGAGCUACUUAAAGGCAGAGCUCAAGAAGGAUCCGAACUUAUUGGGAUUGAUCUCGAGUGAUCCAGACCCACACGAUGCUACAAAGUAUCGCGAACUCUCGGGCCAUGAAGACAUCGUUCGCGUUAUCCCCGACAACAUGAUGGAUAUGAAUAUUCCCACCUUUCACACGAAGGAAACUCUUGCGCAUUUGGCUGUCAAGAACGGCCACAAGGAUUUGUUUAACAUCCUACGGGCAUUUGGACUCCAAAUUGGAGCCGAUCUUCGGAUCAAAGACGGAAAAGGACAAAGUGUGAGUGAUGUAGCCAUCGAUAGGGAAUUUGAUGGCUUUGACAUUAACGAGAAUAUGGAAUUGGAGAGUGUGACUGUGCUUAGGGACAAGCUCAGAAAACUGGCGGUGUCAAUUAUUACUCGGCUGGGUAAUCCUUUUGGAGACAAGACAGACGAUGAUUACAACGCCCGUAAACUGGUUCAAGAUAUGGAGGACGAUGUCGCGUCGUAUUCGCAGCCCAGCAACCCAAACUCGACCCGCUUUCAUGUCCGAGUCGUCAUUUGCUCCGAGGCUGCGUACUGCCUUCACUUGAUGUAA